UGACAGGCCACCGCACGCCUGCGCAGCUGUCCCUGUCUCCGUCCCCAUCGGUGCCAGUCACGCGUGCCCUGCUGUGCCCGCAGCGUGCCGAGAUGCCGGUGGCCGCCCCCAGCUCCGCCACAGCCAUGCAGCAGGUCCUGGACAACCUGAUGGGGCUCCCCGGCGCCCCGGGGGCGGCCGACCUGGACCUCAUCUUCCUCCGCGGCAUCAUGGAGAGCCCAAUAGUAAGGUCCUUGGCGAAGGCGCACGAGCGGCUGGAGGAGACGAAGCUGGAGGCGGUGCGGGGGGACAACCUGGAGCUGGUGCAGGACAUCCUGCGGGACAUCGGGCACCUGGCGCGGCAGGACAGCGCGGCCGCCGAGCUGGCCCGCAUCCUGCGCGAGCCCCACUUCCAGUCCCUGCUGGAGACCCACGACUCGGUGGCCUCCAAGAGCUAUGAGACCCCCCCGCCCAGCCCCAUCCUGGACCCGGCCUUCAACAACCAGCCGGUGCCCCCCGACGCCGUGCGCAUGGUGGGCAUCCGCAAGACGGCUGGGGAGAACCUGGGGGUGACGUUCCGGGUGGAGCGGGGGGAGCUGGUCAUCGCCCGCAUCCUGCACGGUGGCAUGGUGGCACAGCAGGGGCUGCUGCACGUGGGAGACGUCAUCCGGGAGGUGAACGGGCGGGAGGUGGGCAGCGACCCGCGGGCGCUGCAGGACAGCCUGCGCCAUGCCAGCGGCAGCGUUGUCCUCAAGAUCCUGCCCAGCUACCAGGAGCCCCACCCGCCCCGGCAGGUCUUUGUCAAGUGUCACUUCAACUACGACCCAGCCACCGACAGCCUCAUCCCCUGCAAGGAGGCCGGGCUCAAGUUCACUGCCGGUGACCUGCUGCAGAUCGUCAACCAGGAUGACCCCAACUGGUGGCAGGCAUGCCACGUGGAGGGUGGCAGCGCGGGGCUGGUGCCCAGCCAGCUGCUGGAGGAGAAGCGCAAGGCCUUUGUCAAGCGGGACGCGGAGGUGGCCCCCACCUCCGCUCAGCCAGCCCCCGUGCCCUCGGCAGGGGCCCUGUGUGGUAGCCUCAGCGGGAAGAGGAAGAAGAGGAUGAUGUACCUGACGACAAAGAAUGCUGAGUUCGACCGCCACGAGCUGCUGAUCUACGAGGAGGUGGCCCGCAUGCCCCCCUUCCGCCGGAAAACCUUGGUGCUCAUCGGCGCCCAGGGCGUGGGGCGCCGCAGCCUCAAGAACAAGCUCAUCAUGUCGGACCAGGCGCGCUAUGGCACCACCAUCCCCUACACGUCGCGGAAGCCGAAGGAGACCGAGAAGGACGGGCAUGGGUACCGCUUUGUGUCACGGGGGGAGAUGGAGGCGGACAUCAAGGCCGGGCGGUACCUGGAGCAUGGCGAGUACGAGGGCAACCUCUACGGCACCAAGAUCGACUCCAUUCGUGCUGUGGUGGAGGCCGGCAAGAUGUGCAUCCUGGAUGUCAACCCUCAGGCAGUGAAAGUGCUGAGAACGGCUGAAUUCGUGCCAUAUGUGGUCUUCAUCGAAGCUCCUGGCCCUGAGACACUGCGGGCCAUGAACCGGGCAGCGCUGGAGAGCGGUGUGGGCACCAAGCAGCUCACGGAGGCAGACGCCAAGCGGACGGUGGAGGAGAGCGACCGGAUCCAGCGCGGUUAUGGCCAUUACUUUGACCUCAGCCUGACCAACGACGACCUGGAGCGCACCUUUGGGCGGCUGCGGGAGGCCAUGGACCGCCUGCGCGCCCAGCCCCAGUGGGUGCCCGUCAGCUGGGUCUACUAGUGCCCCCCCCCCGUCCCAAGGGGCUCCCCGCCACCCUCGUUUUCCACCCCCUAGAAGGGCUGCAGGGAGAGGAGGGCGGUUGUGCCUCUGCCGUCUCACUGGUGUGAUGAGCUUGCUGUGCUCAGCACCGGGGGGGCAGGGGCUGGCUUUCUGCAGAGCCUCGCCCCCCCUUACCCAAACCGGGCCUGUCUCUUCCUCUUACUCGGACCCAGAUUUAGGGGGGGGAGGCAGAAGCGGCCGGUGGGGUCCCAUUGGGGGGGACAGACCCCCCCCAACUGUGCCCAGCACUCACACAGCUAUUCACUGCCAAAAUCUCACCCCCUCCUCGUUUUGUCUCUGGGGAAUGUGCCCCCCGCCCCCCCAGCUGGGGUCACUGUGAGCUGGGGGGCACGGGGAGGGUGGGGGUCCCCUGGCACCGCGCAGCUCUGGCCCCUCGUAGCCUCGUGCCUCAGUUUCCCCAUGGGGAAGCAGACCCCAUCCUGGGGCGUGGGUUGGGACCCCAGGGCUGAGGUGGGGGUGUGUGAUGGGGGGGGGUCACACCCAGCUGGAGCCCCACAAGCUGCUGAGGACCCAGGUGUCCUGGGUUACCCCACCCCCGGGCUGCAGCCCUCCCCCCGCCCCUGGGGACCCCCCCUUCACCUUGACUGGGGUCGGGGUCGCUCUCUGUCCCUUGUGCCCCCUGUCACCCACUCCCAGGUAGCAAUAACCCCCCUGAGACCACCUGCCCAUGUGUGUUCCAUCUGUAAUUAACUCUUAAUUAACCCUGUAAUUAACCCCGGGGGAGGGAGGGGCUGUGGCUGGGGGCUCACUGGGGUACUGCUGGAGGUUUUGGCGGGGGGUUGCCAUGGGAUGACCCCGAGGGACGGGGACACGGGGAGUGCAGGGCAUACACAUGCAGAUGUGUGUGCACGCAUGUGCCCCCCUCCCUCCUGCCCCGGGGCCCCCCUGCCACAGCCACCCCCUGUUCCCGUCCCCAGGUUGCUCCUUUUUGGUACUUCGCUGUGACUUUUAUUAAAGAUAAAGGAGAGAAAAGCA